AUAGUUAGUAUCCUUCCGUCUGGCUGCAGGUGAACAUGGAGCAGACGGUGUACCGCAACUACCAGAAGGUGACGCUGCAGGAGUCCCCCGGGCGCAUCCCGGCGGGCCGCAUCCCGCGCAGCAAGGAGGUGGUGCUGCUGGCCGACCUGUGCGACCGCGCCAAGCCCGGGGACGAGGUCGACCUCACCGGCAUCUACACCAACAACUACGACGGCUCGCUCAAUACUGAACAGGGUUUCCCAGUAUUCGCGACCGUCAUCAUCGCCAACUACAUAGUGGUAAAAGAUUGUAAGCACAUCGUGGAUUCUCUGACUGAUGAAGACGUAGCGACCAUUAUUAAGCUGUCAAAAGACCCGCGAAUUGGAGAGAGGAUCGUGCAGAGUAUAGCGCCAUCUAUAUUCGGACAUGAUUAUAUCAAGAGGGGAUUAGCGUUGGCGCUGUUUGGUGGGGAGCCUAAGAAUCCAGGUGAAAAACACAAGUUAAGAGGCGACAUCAAUGUUCUCAUCUGCGGUGACCCCGGUACCGCCAAAUCACAGUUUCUGAAAUACACCGAAAAGAUCGCGCCGCGAGCCAUCUUCACAACAGGACAAGGCGCCAGCGCUGUCGGUCUCACUGCCUAUGUGAGGAAGAAUCCCACCACAAGGGACUGGACGUUAGAAGCUGGUGCGUUGGUGUUGGCGGACCGCGGCGUGUGCCUCAUCGACGAGUUCGACAAGAUGAACGACCAGGACCGGACCUCCAUACACGAGGCUAUGGAACAGCAGUCCAUAUCCAUCUCCAAGGCUGGAAUAGUCACCUCCUUACAUGCUAGAUGUUCAAUAAUAGCAGCCGCCAAUCCCAUCGGAGGGCGUUACGACGCCUCGCUAACGUUCACAGAGAACGUGAAUCUCUCAGAGCCUAUUCUGUCGCGUUUUGAUGUGUUAUGUGUCGUGAGGGACGAAGCGGACCCUAUGCAGGAUGCUCAUUUAGCUAAGUUCGUGGUAAGCUCUCACAUCCGCCAUCACCCGACGCAGAGCGGCGUCACGCUGGAGGACAACAACGCGCCCGACCCCGACUUCAUACUGCCGCAGGACAUGCUCAAGAAGUACAUCGUGUACUCCCGGGAGAACGUACAUCCUAAACUACAGAACAUGGAUCAAGACAAAGUAGCCAAGAUGUACAGUCAGCUCCGCCAAGAAUCUCUCGCUACCGGCAGUUUACCUAUCACAGUCAGACAUAUUGAAUCCGUAAUCCGCAUGAGCGAGGCCCACGCCCGCAUGCACCUUCGCGCGCAGGUGUCGGAGGAGGACGUCAACAUGGCCAUCCGCACCAUGCUCGAGAGCUUCGUCGAGACACAGAAGUACAGCGUCAUGCGGGCCAUGCGACAGACAUUCCAAAAAUACCUAUCAUACAAGAAAGACCAUAGCGAGUUACUGUACUACAUUCUGCGCCAGCUCACAAUGGAUCAGCUGGCCUACAUGCGAGGCCUACACAAUCAUUCACAGCCCACCAUCGAAAUCUCAGAAAGAGACCUCUUAGAGCGAGCGAGACAAAUCAACAUUUCAGACUUGAAACCGUUCUAUGACAGCCGUAUAUUCAAAAUGAACAGCUUUUCGUAUGAUGCAAAGAGGAAAGUUAUUGUACAUGUGUUGCCUGAUACGCCGACGUCGGCUACUGCCUGAUUUUUUUUAAGUAUCCAGUUUUCUGAAUGCCUAUUUAAUUAUUUUAAUUAAAUAUUGUAAUGCGGGGUAUAUUGCAACCUAUCACAGAACAUGUAUUAAUUUAUGAUAAUCGAUCGUGAAUGGGAAACGUCAAUUUAUCAUUAAAUUAAUUGAAACUGGCCGAAUGCGUGUCGGAGUCGCGACACAAAAUAUUUGAAACAUGUUGUCCUUGUUAUUUUAAAGUAUAUUGUAGAGACAAAUAGAUGAUAAUGUUAGUUUACCCAAGAACCUUCCACAAAGCAUAGCAUUGGUCUUGAGAUUUGACUAUUUUAUGUCGAUCAGGCAUUCAAAAUAUUGGUAUUUGUAAUUAUAAUGAACCAUCAGUCGGAUUUAUAAUUAUUUAUUUAAUAUCGGUUUACUCACGUGUAUUUAUUGGGAUAGCCCAACUGGUUUCGGACCCAAAAGUAUUCCUUAACCAUGAGCUGAUGCGGCGGCAGGAUCGCGAGUCGUUCUAUACCAAUAAUUAAGGGUGGGUAAAUUAUUAUUAUAUUAAUAAUUAAUGGUAUUCGUGCCCGUUAUUUUAAUAAAAGUACAAUAUUAAGUUUUAGUCUGUAAGGUAAUGUAGUCUUGCUAUUUUUCUUACAAUCAUAACUGUUACUGUGAAUAAUCUAGACAUUGCAUUGCAAUUGUGACAAACACUACUUCAAGCAUUUUUCAUAGUCUUCACAAUACAAGGCAGGUCCUUAACUUGUGGUAAGAAUAAAUGUACCGGUAUGUGAUCAUUUUGGUCUACUUUAUCUACUUAUAAUACGACAUUUUAUUAAGGAGGUCUCUUAUAUUUGUGUGAUGAAAACAAAUUCAGUAAUUUAGCUUUGUCUUUAAAUAAUUAAGGUAAUUUUCGACAAAAUAUUGUUAUUUAAGGUUUGUUUUGUAAUUUGUUUUUUUUUUUCGUAUUUGCGUAGAUUUACGGGUUGAUUUUAUUUGUUGGUAACCAUUUUUCGGAAUGAGAAAAAGUUGUGUAUCUUCGCAGAUAAUAAGAGUGAGAAUAAUGACUCAUGAAAUUUUUAAUGAUAUUAAUGUAAUUGUCUAUGCUACUAUGUACAAUUACAGACACCCACCUUUUUUGUAUCACUACUUUAAAACAAGCUUUAAAAUUGUCUGUUAACGUUUCUGUUUUAGGUUUAGUUUUAUGUUAAGGUAUUUUUAUAAUUUUGCUACAAUAAACAAUCUAAAAAUCAUGUACAUUCUUACAAUUUUUUUUAUAAGGCUCUUGUGACUUUUGUUUAAAAACAGUUAAAAGAAUUUCAGGUACAACAGAUCUAAUAAUGGAAAUAGAUUACAUAUUGCCAGUACAAACUUGUGUAAUUUUUUAUUGUAAACAUCAAUAAAUACUAAUUUUGAAAUAAUCUAAUACCAG